AUGAAUGGAAAAUCCCCCAACCAGGAAACAGGGACAACCAGUGAGACAGACACCAACGAUAAUAACCAGGCAGAUGAGCCAGAGCUGUCGGAGAGUAAAGACCCAGGGGAGACGGCAGAAGGUCAGGGUGUAAUGGAUGUGGGGGAAAGAGGUGAGUCAGAUAAAGGACAAGAACAGGCGGGAGAAGAAGAGGCCGGUUCUGGUGAUACGAAUAAGCCCCAGACUGUCCCACAGCCCACUGAGGGUGACGCUGAAGGGGCUGGGAGUGAUGAAAACAUGACUGCUGAGGCUGUAAAAGAACCUCAAAUCACCAAAGGAGAAAAAGAUAAGCAUGGGGAAGUCGAGGAAGGCAUGAAAGGGCACAUGGAAGAGAUCCGGGGCUGUGACAAUAACAGAGAUGAAGAGAAAGGGAAGGACAAAGGCGAGAGUGAAUGUACAAAAAAAACAAAAGGUAGAGAUGAAAAAGAGAUUGAAAAAGAGGUCAAAGGAGUGGAGAAGGAAAAAAAAGUUGAAAAGGUGGACACAGAUAUGGCAGACAAAGGAAACAUUAAAGAGACAGGAAAACAGGGAAAGCCAAAAAGAAAAAGUGGCCCUUCCGUCCCGUCCUUGUCCCGCCCGAGGCCCUCUGCACGCUCUGCCAGAGCGUCCGCAAAAAAUGACAUCAUCGCCAAAUUCCAACAAGGUGCUCCAGAGACACCAAUACCCCGUAAUUUCAAAAUCCAGAGGUCUGCUGUGGCCGUGGCUACCGGAGGGUCAAUCAAGCAGAAGAUUCUUCAGUGGUGUCGAAACAAGACACGCAACUAUGAGGGGAUCAACAUAGAGAACUUCUCAUCGUCCUGGUGUGAUGGCCUGGCUUUCUGCGCACUGAUUCAUCGCUUCUUUCCUGACGCAUUUGACUACAGCUCUCUGAAACCGGAGGAGAGGAAGAAAAACUUCACUUUGGCCUUCGAGACAGCGGAGUCCCUGGCUGACUGCUGCCCCCUGCUGGAGGUGGAUGACAUGCUCAUGAUGGGUAACCACCCUGACCCCAUGUGUGUCUUCACAUAUGUCCAGUCCCUCUGCCACAGUCUCUCCAAAAUUGAGAAAGAGAGGAAGGAAAAAGAAAAGGAGGAGAAAGAGCAGACUGGAAAUGGAAAGGAAGAGAAAGAAGAUGAAAUAGCAAGUGAGAUAUCAACUGUUGAGGGUGAGGAAACGGAAGGCCAAGAGGAGAAACAAGAGGAGAAACAAGAGGAGAAGCAAGAGGAGAAGCAAGAGGAGAAACAAGAGGAGAAGCAACAGGAGAAGCAAGAGGAGAAGCAAAAGGAGAAAAAAGAGGAGAAGGAAGAGGAGACACGAGAGGAGAAACACAAGGAGGACGCUGAGCAGCAAGGAACUGGAGAGGAACAUGCUGCAAAGAGUUGUAAUAUGGGGGAAGAUGAGGGAGUGUUGGUCCAUGGACAAGCUGAAGACUAA